AUGCUGCGCGAGAAGCCUUUUGCUGUGCUAGAAGCUGCUAAGCAGGCAUUUUUGAACAGCAAUCCUGAAGAAGCUCUUGAACUUUACAACAAAGCCAUUGACUUAAUUUAUCCUGAAAAUCAUAUCCUUUACUCAAAUCGUUCUGCUAUAUUUCUUCGCCUGAAACGCUUUGAUGAAUCUUUGCGUGACGCUGAAAAAUCUCUAGCGAUUGAUCCUAACUGGCCCAAAGGAUACUUACGUAAAGGAGAUGCUUUGCGUGGUAUUAGGGAGUUCGAUGAAGCAAUUUUUGCGUACUGUCAAGGUUUAGCAAUCGAAAAUGAAAAUGAAAUAAUAAUGGCACUGAAAGAUAUUUUGCGGUUUAUUUCUUUCAAAGAUGACUUAUUAUUUUUAUUGAACAAAAUGGAAAGUGAACUGAAGUUUGAUGCAUUUCUGGUAAUUAGCAUGAUUGGCCAAGAAUAUUUGACUUCCGGUGCUGUCUCUCAAGCAAUAAAAUUUCUUCACUUAGCCCUCAGGAUUGAAAAGACUGAAAAUACACAGCUGGACUUGAAGUUGUCUGUAGUAGCUGCGCUUUCAUCUGCGUAUUAUCAGCAAAGGGAUUUUUCAAAAGCAAUCGAAUACUUACAAAUGCAACUUGAAAUCAGCACAAAACUUGGUAAGUUGGACACACAGUUUGCUAUUCACGGCAGUAUCGUAGACGCUGCACUAUCGAAUAAUCAAAGCAGCCUUGCUGUUACUCAUCUCGAAAGGCAAAUUGAAAUCCAAAGAGGGAAGAAAUCAGAUAGAUUGCAGCUCAACCUUACUGAUUUGUACAUCCAACUUGGCAAAUACAAGCUUGCAGCUCAAAUUAUAGCAUCAUUAGAUACCUUUACGUUUCAGAGUAUCAUUAGAAUUGUCAAACUUGCGCUCGCUAAGGAAGACAAUGAGGCUGCAGUGUUUUAUUGCAAUAAACUCUUAGAAGUCAGCAAUAGCACUGACGAAAAAGCUUUGGCAACUGCCUUCAAAUGCAAAUGUUUAAUUCAUAACGGAAAAAUUGUGACUGCACUGAAUAUUAUUAGAUGUUCAAUGGCAACAAAUUUGCGCUGCAAUAAGCCAUCAGUACAAAUUGUUGGACAAUACUAUGGUCUUUUGAGUGAAUGUUAUCUAGCUACUGGGCAGUACUGCUUAGCAUGGAAAUGGGCUAAAAAGGAGUUAAAAGUUGCAACCAAAAUUAAAUCGCUCAAGCUUGAAGCUGAUGCACUAUGGAAUCUAUCCAACAUAUAUGCUUCCAUUAAUGAUUUUGCGAAUUCGAUCAUUCUGUGCAAGAAAUAUUGCUCAAUGAUCUUUGUUGAAGGCAUUGAUGUUCGUUUAAAGGGUUUUCGGAGAUUGGCAGAACUAUAUCGCAAAUCCGGUGCUUCAGAUCAAGCUGAAAUAGCAUUACUGGAUGAGCUGAAGCUUGCUGAGAGGGUUGCUUCACCUGCAGUACUUAUUGAUGCACACAUUGAUCUUUAUUACUUCUAUGAUUCCAUACAUGAAAAGGUAAAAGCUGAAAAACAUUGGGAAGAAGCAAAAAAGAUUUUCGAAGAAGAAGCUGUAGAAGAACGUGAAGGUCAAAUUAUUGAAAUUAGCGGUGAUCGCUAUUUUCAUAACGAUUUAUUCGAAGAAGCCAUCGAAGCUUACAAUCAGUGUUUAAUGCUCUUUCAGGAAGAUAAUAACCUUUCAAAGGAAGCAAAACUAUGUAGUAAACUUGGAACGUCACACUGGCGUCUUUAUCAUGCAGAUGAGGCAUUAGCAUAUUAUCACCAAUCAUUGACUGUUUACCAGCAAAUAUCUGAUUUAGAAAGUAUGAUUAAACUGUACAGUGAAAUGGCAAAUAUUCACUUCAAGAAAGGCAACAUGGAAAUAUGUCACUCUUGUCUGAGAUGCUAUCUAACACUUGCUGACUUGCUAUCAAAAAGUGAUUCUUGCUUGGACGCACUAAUUUCAAUUGGACGUACAUUGCUACAUCGAGAACGAUAUAGAGAAGCAAAAAAAAUAUUCAUUAAAGCGUUGAGCUUAACAAGUGAACGAUGUCAUCGUCGACAACGUGGUUUGAUAUUUGGAUACAUUGCAGAAAGUUAUCUUGGCAUGGGUCAGCAUUCAAAGGCAUCACUGAAUUUUUGCAAACAAAUAGCAUUUUUUGAUGAUAUUGAUGACAUGGAAGGAAAGUGUGAGAUGCUAAGACACUUAAUAGAAGAGAAACAACUGAUUAAAGAUGCUGAAUGGGCCAUGCAGCUUUGCAGGAAUCGCCUCGACCUCUCCCAGACAGGUUCUAUUGACCUUCAGGUCCAAGUGUUGAAGGAAUCAGCAGAAGUGGCCGUGAAUUUGGAAAAUUCCCGCGAGGCAUGCAAAUUUUUAGAGAAAGCAGUGAUACUAUCUAUUACCAACAGAUACGGCAAUAUUUCGGAAUUAUUGUUGCAGCUGAAAAAGUAUUACAGAAGAUGUAACGCUAGAAAACGAGCUGUGAAAAUUUUUCGAGAAUGCUUGAAUGUCGUAGGAAUAAAUUCAGAAGAACGAAUGACACUAUUACUUGAACUUGCUAAGUUGGAAUUGGAAGAGGGAUUAAUUCAGGACACUCUUAAUCACAUCAAUAAUUUAAAAGAAGAAUCUUUGGAUAAAAGUACAAAAGUAAUAUGUGAACACUUGUUUGCUUGUGCAUAUUAUGCCACCAAAAACUACAAAGAUGCAUUGUACCACAUGCAGAAUUUUGAGAAUUUCUACAGAAACCUUACGUCAGUUAAGAUUGAUAAGGAUAAAGUUGCUCUUGAACUUGCAUUAAUUGAAUGGCACUGCCACGCAUCGGACUAUGCCAUUGAGAAAAUGCAAGAUAUCACCAAGAAGACUGAUUUGCCAAUCAUUUAUCAAAUUUUGGAUGAAUCCUGCCUUUAUGAUUUGCUCACUUACGAAAAAUUAUCAAAAAUCGCUGCAGUUCAUUGGAUGAUGACCAGAGGCGAUUUUAGCACUGCCAAACAUUUAUUUCAUUCCCACGACAGCAAUUACUGUAAUUACAUUGAUUAUAGCAUGGAUAAGGCGUUAUUUCUGUGGAAAGAAAGCAAAUUCAAGGUACUGCCUGUUGCAUCCGUUGCAAAAUUUAGUUUUCAGUAUAGAAUACAGAUUAGAUCACUUAUUUGA